GGAUGCGCUGCAGUGAAGCUGAGAAUCAUGCUGAACCGCAUUGUCAGAUCUGAGUGUAUGGUCUAUUUUGCCAAAGAGAAACAUCUUUAAGUUUUCAUCCAUCUCAUCAUUAUUGUGUACCACAUUUUUGCUGGUGGUUAAUGAUUUUCAACAAGUUUGCCCCUUUUCUCCUUGCAGGUUGAUUGCGACAACGUAAGGUUUCCUCCUCCCGCCUCUUCUAUCCUUGGCGCUGAUUGACAUUCCUGCAGAUCAAAGAUCGCUUUCAUUUGCUGUUAUGGUAACUCGUUUCUGCGGCAGUUGUGUUGGCGUGCUGUGUAGAAGGAAGUAACCUGGCGUGCUCCCAUAAUGGCCUCAGAGCCGGCGGAGUAGGCUAAUGGAAUCAGUAGCCUACUGCAGCCAUGGCCAGAUCAACAAACAGAAGCUCCAAGGAUGGGGAUUCAAGGGUGUCCGCUCCCACGGACCGGGCAGAGGCGCGGGACCUGUGCGACCCCAGGGAACUCUCUCUUGAAGAAGUGUUGAAAUCGUACGAGCAGCCCAUAAACGAAGAGCAGGCUUGGGCGGUGUGUUAUCAAUGCUGCGGCGGGCUGAGAGUUCCGAGCCCGCUCACUGUGACCGGUGUAAUUUACCGGAUAAAAGACCCGUCAUCUAUACUCCUACUCAGGGAUGGGACGGUUUCCCUGCAGCUUUGCAACAAUGAUGACACAGAUGAACCUCCCGUCCCACCAAUCGCAGAGCGCCAGCUGGUCCAGGCUCUGGGCGUGGCCAUUUACCAGGCCCUGGACUGGGGUCUGGACGACAGCGAGGAGAGGGAGUUGAGUCCUCAGCUGGAGGGGCUCAUUGAGCGCAUGGCGGGGGGAGGACCCAGCCUCCAGGCUGACUGCGGCGCGGCCAACGGAACAGCAGACGAGGGCUACAGUGGACAGGAAGAGGAAGAAGAGGAAGACGAGGGAGACAAAGGGGCUGUAAGGCCGGUGUGUACGUUUCGCCAGGUCAUGGCUCUGUGUGCCUCCAGACUGGCCAACCCCGCCCUCGCCCCAGACCACUACCAAGCUGUGUGCCGGGCACUGUUCGUUGAGACUCUUGAGCUGCAAACCUUCUUGACCAGAAUCCAAGAUGCCAAGGAGAUGCUGAAGAAGAUCAAAACAGAGGACCCUCAGGGGGACACUGCUGAGAUCGAUGCUCUGAGAAACACUGACUGGACUCGCCUCUGGGUCCAGCUGAUGAAGGAGCUGAGACAGGGGGUGAAGCUGAAGAAAGUGCAGGAGAAGGAGUUCAACCCACUUCCCACCGAGUUCAGCCUCACACCCUUUGAGAUGCUAAUGCAGGACAUCCGCACCCGCAAAUUCCAGCUACGGAAAGUCAUGGUGAGCCAGGUGGGUGGCGACAUCCCCACACGGGUGAAAAGAAAUGCCCAUGAGCUCAUUUUGGACUUUAUCAGGUCUCGCCCUCCACUGAAACCAGUGUCCGAGCGCAACCUGCCCCCUCCUCCUCAGAGGCCACAGUCCCUUCAUGAACGCGUCCUUGCUGAAAUAAAACAGGAGCGCAAACUGAAGCCUGUAGACCCACCCAGCUCCAAGAGAUGUAUGGGUGUCUCUGUACUGAACACAGAAAGCAAUAAUACAGGUUUUUCUACAUUUGGCUCCCUCCCAUGUCUGGCAAAAGCCUGCCCUUGUGAUUUCAAAUCCACUUCCUGUAUGGACCUGUCCAUCUCAGAUCCUGGCACCCGACCAGCAUCUCGCCCUCGUAUUCUGCUCAAAGCCCCCACGCUUCAAGAGAUGGAGGAGAUGAACAUAUUUGAGGAUGAGGAUUCUCCUGACAGUGGGGAGGUCACCCGCGCUGAGAGUUUCCCCUCGUCUAUGAAACGUGACCGAUCGUUCUCAGAACACGACCUGGCCGAGCUCAGGGGGGAGAUGCUUCCCUCGCUGUCUGACUCCGGCCACCUGGGAAGGGCUUUGAUGCAGAUGGGGGAGAGGCCACGGUCACACACGCUGUCAGGGACUCGGCUGCCCCACGCACACAGAGGCUGGGUGAACCAAUCCCCUGGCCAUCUCUCACUCAGCUCUGUGGAGGAGACGACAGAGGGGGCAGACACCGCCUCCCACUCUCGGAGUGGCAAUAAACACCAGUGGAUGGAGGAAUUCAGUCACCCAGUGGAGAGUCUUGCCUUAACAGUGGAUGAGGUCAUCAAUGUGCGCCGUGUGCUGGUGAAAGCAGAGAUGGAGAAGUACCUGCAGAACAAGGAACUCUAUUGCAAUUUGAGGAGAGGCAAGGUGUGCUGUUGCUGCAAGAUUAAGUUCCCCCUCUUCUCCUGGCCAUCCACCUGCCUGCUAUGUAAAAGGUCUGUCUGUGGAUCCUGCAGUGCUAAGAUGAAGAUUCCUUCCAAGAAGAUGGCCCACAUCCCAGUCUAUACUGUGGGCUUUCACAGCAGCCCAAAGAGCCAUGGUCGCAAAAGUGAGGUCUACAAAUCCCUGCGUACCCUCUCCCGCCGAUCCGUGGAGGAGGAGUUCCCACACCUGUACGCCCACGGCUGCAGCCUGCGGGACGUCUGCGCGGACUGCACCAAGUUUGUGGCUGAUGUCAUCUCGUCGAGCCGCAGGAGCCUGGACAUCCUCAACAACACUCCCAAGAGGGAAGCUGGCACGCCCAAGCCCCAACCCCGGCCUCACGUAUCAGCUCAGCCGCCUAGCUUGAAGAGGAAGAACAAGUGACUAGAGUGACUGUUGGUUAAUCCCGCCCCCUUUAAAGGGUUGCACCUGUGUUGCACUACUAGCCCACUCAAACACCCCACCCACCCCACGCCCAGCCUGCAAGUAACCCCUCCCCCUGCUCAAGUGCUUGGUAAAAGUUGUUCCUCCUCCUCUGUGGAGAGGUUCAUAGGAGGAUGUGGCCUGGUGACAACCAAUAGUCUGCCUUAUAAUGGCUUGACUCCCUGAGAGCGAGAGAGAGAGAGAGAGAGAGAGAGAGAGAGAAAGAGAGAGAGAGGGAGUAGUCUAGGGAGUAGUGGAGGGAAGCAGACAGGGGAGGUGGAAAUGGGUGAGAGAGGAAGAGUUGGGUGAGAGAGGAAGAGGUUGGAAAGAGGAGAUACUGUAUAUCUACUGUAGGAGCCACGUUGAGCUUUAGGCUAAACAUUUAGCUCCAUAGUUGCCUUCUAGUUAUGAAUGUAAUAUACCGUUUUAACACCAAAACAACACCUGUAAACGCUUCUUCCAUGACCCACUUUCUCAGAACACUGGAGGGGGAAUAAUGUUUUUAGUUUUGAAUGUGCUUGGAUUGUCUGUGGUCCAACUUUAGUGCUUUGUGGCACUGACUGUCUGAAUGAAACAGUCGAAGAAGACCAGUAAGGGUCAGUUCUGGGUAAAUGGGAUUCUGGGAGGGACAUGUCCAAUUGGCACCACACUGUGCUAUCACUGCUGCUUUAGAAUGAUGUUAAGCCCCCUCUCUUGCCCAUGGACCUGUGCGAUCUGCUCUAAUUUUCUAAACACUCAGUAAACCUCAACUGCAAUAAAUCUAAUGUAAA